AGGCGGGUCUUGGCGUUGUCAGGAAAGCUGCUACUGUUGUAUCUCGGAGCUGGAGACAGUUCCUGAGUUCCUGAGUUUCUGAGUUGUGUUAGUGCGGACAAAGUUUGAUUAUUACACUGUUAGUGCCGAGAUAUACACUACACCUUCAUUAAAAGACCAUGGAGGAACACUGCUCCGACGGGAAAGCGGUGAAAUAUUACCGCUUGUCUGAAGUGGAGGAACACAACUCGUUCAAAAGUACAUGGAUUAUCAUCAACCACAAAGUGUACGAUGUGACAAAGUUUCUGGAAGAGCACCCAGGAGGAGAGGAGGUGUUACGAGAGCAGGCCGGAGGAGACGCCACGGAGAGCUUCGAGGACGUGGGUCACUCCACAGACGCCAGAGAAAUGUCUAAGAGCAUGAUGAUCGGAGAACUGCAUCCGGAUGACCGGCAUAAGAUUGCCAAACCACCCGAAUCACUCGUAACCACAGUUCAUGAAACCACAAGCUGGUGGUCGAACUGGUUGAUACCUCUCCUUGCCGCUGUGAUCGUCACACUGAUGUACCGUAUAUAUACAGCCGAAGACGCAUGACUGAUUCUUACACAAACACACACUUUUAGUGGACUGUUGUUGUUCGCUGUCACUGCUGUACCUAAUUUCCUCAGCACACGUUCUGAACUCCGAACUACAACACCCAUAACAUAACACAUUUCAGGGUAUUUUUUUCUUCCACCAGCCGUCACAGCUAUAAUUAAUGAAGGCUCCAGUUUGUAUGUUAGGAUGAAAAUUCUGCUAUUGUAACAUUCAGAUAAUAAGCUGUAGAAGUAUUCACAAGCGGGAAAUAUUUGACCAUAUUCGAGACGCAUAUCCUAAACAAUAUAAAUGUGUAAAGCUCGUAAGUGUCUGAUUGUGUUAUCAUUGUGUAAAUAUAAUUAUGGAAUUAGUGUUGCAAGCUUAUGUGUAAUAAAACUCAACAGGGUGGCAGUAGCUGCAUAAUGACUUCUAAUUACAUGUAGAAACCUUUGGAUAUUUCAACGCAUGCAAUUAACAGACAUAUAGCCACCUGAGGCAUUUUAUUCAGUGAUUUUUAAUGAUUUAAAAACACAAAUAGAUCCAUUUUGGUCUGUGAAGGCGAUUCUUUUUCUUUUCGCUUGUACUAACUUUAUAUCACCAUUGUGUGAUUUGACACUGGAUUACAACACCGACGUUUUUUUUGUUUUUUUUUUUAACGCUGCUGCUGUCUUAUCCUGUUGUACGGGGAUCACCACUGGUUUAGGACUAGGUUCCCACUCUUAGGCCUACACAUUUGAGUGUUUUCCCUGCUCCCAAUCCACCUGAUUUAUCUACUCAGCUAAUUAAUAGCCCUUCCUGAGGUGAAGUAGGUGCAUUAGAGAGGGGAAAAACACUCAAAUGUACAGGAUAAGUGAUACUCCAUCACCAGGGAUGGGAAAAGAAGGGAACAGUCUUUAAACAUAGCCAUUGUCCAUUGAUUUGGCACGUAUCCUGCAUAUUUUACUACUCCUAACAUAUCCGUCCCAGCUCACAAAGGGCUUUAUCAAUAUUGAGGUCUCGUACUAAGGACCACUGGGGUACUGAUGAAUAGAUACGGUGCUAAAGCAUUCCAUUUUAUAUCACUGAAGGUAAGCAAUGUAUUGUCAGGAUCAUUAUGCAUCAUGUUAAAUAUAUCACUGCUCACAUAUUUUGUAGCAACCCAAGUAUUCAUAUAUAUAUAUAUAUAUAGAUAGAUAUAUAGAUAGCGAGAGAGUGAAUGUGAGUGUAUUCAUAUCAAACACUUGUUUUCUUGUCUUUCUCUAAAGUGACCCAAAAUGUACAAAAUCAGAAGUGUUUCCAAAUUUCAUUUUGUCUGCUAUGUACUUUCACACACAGUCAGGCAGGAUAUACUGUUCUGGGCCAGUUCUGACACACACAGGCUCAAGGAAAAUGAAGGUUGAUGACACGUUACAGGAGAAGAGCUGUAUGUAAGCUUCCGUGUGACUGAUCCACUCAGGAAUAGCAUAAUGGUCAACAAAGCAUAGUUUGAAUCCUUUCCUGUUGCAGCAGGUGAUUAAAAAUUGAGCUUAUGUGCAGAAGAGUCAAUUUGAGGGUUUUUCCCCCCCCAUUGUUCAUGCUUUGAUUGCAUUAAAGAACUAAUUAUGUGGAA